GGACGUCAGAGAAUGCCCUUCCCGGUUGGACAAGAGAGCCUGGCUCACGCAAGUGUCAAAGACUCUUCCAAGUUCCGAAGUUGGGUGCAUUCAAUUAAUUUGUCAGAAAGGGAUUUACACACAAUUGCCAUUUAUAAGGGAACCACCGCGUUCAGAGGUGCUGGUCAGAGCCACGAGGGGGCAAUGUCUGACAACAGUGGUGCUGCCAACAGCAGUAGCUGGACUGUCCUCACAGCUGAGGAGACUGUUGCUGAGACACUGAGGCCUGUAGCGGAGGGAACAGAACACCAUGAAAAUACACCCAGUCAUACUGCUGCAGAGAAACCUACAGGUACACCCAGUCAUACUGCUGCAGAGAAACCUACAGAGAGUAGGCCUGGGGAGGAUGCAGUGUCUGCUGAAGAGUCUCACUCUGUGAAGCUACAGCAGGAGACCCAGGAAACACAACCAGAGAGAGACAAGGAUUACACCCCUGUUGUAGAGAGUCCCACCCAUGACCUUCCUUUUGACCCUGCCCCUGACUCCACCCCUGCCCUUGACUCCACCUCUGCUAGUGUUGCUCCUCCGAGCUCUCUGUUAGAAGUCCCCGCCCCCACAGGGCUUGACCCAAAUACACACAGCCAAUCCAGAAGCCUCCCUGGGAACUCAGCCCCUCCCAUCUCUGACCCUGAUUCGUUCUCUGACUCCUACACCCACAUUAGCUCCUCCCCCGAUCUUGAAGAGCCCCCUGCCUUGCUGCUCAACACUGAGCCCCCGGAAGAGGUGGGGCUUGUACAGGAAGCGGAGGGGUAUAUACAGGAUGUGCAUCAUCAUUAUGAAGAGGGGCUUGGGCAGGAAGAGGAGGAGUCUGAUCUGUCUGACAUCAGGGCCAAGACAGACUCCCAUCUGGAAGCGGAGGUGGUGGGGGAGGAGGAGGAAGGGGUGUCAGGGGUGAGGAGGAGGAGGGGGUCUCUCCUGGCGGCUCUGGAGCAGAUCGGAAGGGAGGAGGAAGAAGAGGAGGAGGAUGAGUUCCGGAUUCCGCAGCAGAGGGAGCAAGAGGAGACUGGUUUCUCUCUCAACAAGUGCAUCCUAGGAGCUGUCAUACUGCUGGGCCUCGGAACCAUCAUCUUCUCAGGUGUCUUCCUGGACCUGGAUGGUGCUGUUGUCCUUCCAGAGGGGGACUAUGAUGCCAGGGAGCUGAGAGAAACAGAGGUGGUGGGAAAACAGGAAUGGCUGAAUCCUGAGGUUCCUCUUCCACCACCUGUAGAAGUUGACAGUACAGACCAACUGAAUAAACUGGCUAAAGAAGACCCACGGAUAGCUGUACUGCAAGCCCAACUCCUGGCACAGAAAGAGGAGCUAAAAGUAGCCCAGAAGGAGGCGGAGGAUGGAGGGAAGGAGAGAAAGAAGAGGGAGGAGGUGGAGAGGGAGCACGGUAGGCUGAAGAAAGAGAUGAUGUCACUCCCUGUCCUUCAGAAGGAGAACGAGAGGAUGAAGAGAGAGCUGGAGUCUGUUCCUGUCUUACAGAAGGAUCUAGAGACACUCAGAGCCACAGUGACUGAACUAAAACACAGCACAGCCAAAGAAGCAGCAUCACCUCCAGUCUCUGCCUCUGUCCCGCCCCCCUCUGGCCAAGCUGGGGAUGACAGCCAGAACACAGCCGGAACAAUAGAGAGGAAGGUCAAGAAACCAGGGAAGGGAGAGAAAACAGAGUUGAAGGAAGAGAAGACGGAUUGGAAUAAGGGAGGGAAGACGGAUUGGAAUAAGGGAGGGAAGACUGAUUGGAAUAAGGGAGGGAAGACGGAUUGGAAUAAGGGAAGGAAGACGGAUUGGAAUAAGGGAGGGAAGACUGAUUGGAAUAAGGGAGGGAAGACUGAUUGGAAUAAGGCAGGGAAGACGGAUUGGAAUAAGGGAGGGAAGACAGAUUGGAAUAAGGGAGGGAAGACGGAUUGGAAUAAGGGAGGGAAGACAGAUUGGAAUAAGGCAGGGAAGACAGAUUGGAAUAAGGGAGGGAAGACGGAUUGGAAUAAGGGAGGGAAGACGGAUUGGAAUAAGGGAGGGAAGACGGAUUAUAAGGUUGAAAAAGAGUGGAGAAGUGGAAAAUAUGACCAGGAGAAAGAAGGAAAAGAGGAGAAAGAGUGGAAGAAGAAAGAAGACAAGAAGGGAGAAUGGAAGAAAGAUAAAUCUAGCAGAGGGGAUGAGGGCAAACCAUGGAAGGACAGAGGAAACAAGAUGGAAUGGAAGGAGAAGAGUGAGAAAAAAGACUGGAAGGUGGAGAAAGAUUGGAAAAAGGAAAAACCUGAAAGAUGGAGUGAUAGCAAGGAGUGGAAUGGAGAGAAGAAUGGAAAAGAGGAGAAAAAUCUAAGGAAAGGGGGUUGGAAUGAGGGCAGGGAUGAGUGGAAGGGAGAGAAGAAUGGAAAAGAGGAGAAAAAUCUAAGGAAAGGGGGUUGGAAUGAGGGCAGGGAUGAGUGGAAGGGAGAGAAGAAUGGAAAAGAGGACAACAUUCUAAGAAAAGGAGGUUAUAAUAAGGGCAGGGAUGAGUGGAAGGGAGAGAAGGAGUGGAAGAAAGACAAGGAUGACUAUAAGGACCUUGGCAAAGGAUGGAAGGAGAGAGGAGAGAAAAAGGAGUGGAAGGGAGAGAAAGAUUGGACAAAGAAAGACGUCAGUAAAGAGUGGAAGAGUAAGGACAACAGGAGAGAAAAUGAGUGGUCGGAUGGAAAUAGAAAGAUGGAAGGAUUGAAGGAGGAGAGAAAUGGUGGGAACUGGAAAAGGGACAGGGGGAAUGACAAGUACGAGAAGGACCACCACCACCACCACUACUCUAAGGAAGGGCAGAAAGAGAGGAGAAGGAGAGAAAAGGGCCCUCCCCAAACCCACCGAAGACCCCCCCUUGAGCAACCUGACUACUGGAGUUACCAGAGAGAACGACUGCAGCACAAACCCAACCCUCAAACCCACUGCAGUUCAGUGGAGGCCUGCGCUCAGGCAGAGGGGCUGCUCCCUGUCACCAUGCCGGAGUUUGAGGCCCUGCUCCUGGGUUACCUGGUCAAGGCAGAGAGGGUGGGGGUGGAGGCCUCCAAGAGGGAGGAGCUCAGUAAGCUAACCAAGGAGUUCUUCCGUGACGGAGUGUUCGUUCACGACCAGAUGAGCUUCAAGGACUUUGUGGAGGAUGUGGAGGACAUCUUAGAGGUUAUGGUGGAGGAUGAGGAGGUAGAGGAGGAGGUGGAUGACUUUGAGGAAGAGGCAAUGAACAGGUUUUCAGUUCCAGGGGGAGGAGAGAGGGAGAAGUGGAAGAAGGAUAGUGGGAGAGGACGGGUGUGAUGGAGUGAGAAAGGGAGUCAACGCAUGUCAGGAGGAGCGGAAAGAUAAAGGUGGAGGAAAAUAGAUGGAUGUGCUGCAAGGUAGAAUUUAAGAGGAGCAACACACACAUACACACACAUACAUAUAUAUACACUACCACGGUUCAGAAGUUUGAGGUCAUUUAGAAAUGUCCUUGUUUUUGAAAGAAAAGCACUUUUUUUUGUCCAUUUUAA